AUGAAGCAGGAUGUAGGGGUUCUCUCCUCUGCUCUUUGUCACCCCAUUCUUCCCCUAACCCUCCCCCCCUCCCCCCCUCCCCCCUGCACGCCUCUUUCCAACGCCUCUUCCCCACUCCUCUCGCCCACACCACUCCACCACACCUACUCCCCCCUUCCUCUCUCCUACCCCUCUCCCCCACCCCUUUCCCCCACUCAUUUUCCUCACCCCUCUCCCCCACCUCUUUCCCCCAUGCAUUUUCCUCACCCCCCUCUCCCCCCCCACCCCUUUCCCCCACGCAUUUUGCUCACCCCAUUCCCCCACCCACCCCCUUCCCCCACGCAUUUUCCUCACCCCUCUCCCCCACCUCUUUCCCCCAUGCAUUUUCCUCACCCCUCUCCCCCCCCCCCCACCCCUUUCCCCCACGCAUUUUGCUCACCCCUUUCCCCCACCCACCCCUUUCCCCCACACAAUUUCCUCACCCCUCUCCCCGUUCAAGAGGAUGCUGAUUUAAGAAUGAAGAGCAUCGUGGCAGGGUGCACUAGCCCCUCCGAUUCUCCAUCCCGAUUGCCAUCCGCACCUCUCCAGGUGAACACAGUGCAGCAAGCAGCGUCCAUCACACUGCUCCAAUCCGCCUAUCCUGCAUCACCUCAUUGCUCUCUCUUGCUCCCUCUCACCACCCUUCUCCCCUAUCACCCACCGGUGUGCAUAGUCCUGUCAGUAGCAUCCACCCCCUGCCGUCUCUACACCCACACAUUGAUCAGCAAGCCCUCAUCUCUACACUGA